CGUCGCAGAGGCAAUAUUCGAACGCGCUUGUAAGUGGCCGGACUACCGCAGAGGAAGGAGGAAGCCGGGGUAUUUUUUUCCCCUCGCAUGCGUUUGGGAUUUUGGGAAACAGUCAAAACAUGCAAGUUUUGUCGAACUCACCGGGUUCUUUUCCCGAUGCAUCUGCAUACCUAGGUCAGGUCAAGUACGCCUCGGACAUUGACAAGGUGCGUUUCUUUCUAUUUCAGCAUCGAGGCGCAAUCCCAUGAGAAGUUACGGGGAGAAAUCUCAUCGGAUUUAUCCGCAGUCGAACGUAUCGACCUCAUCUUCUUCGCUGAACGAGAAGCCAAUCCGUCGAUCUGUGGGUCGCACUCGCUUCCGCAAAAGCCACGCGGCGCCGUCACCUAUUGGAAAGAGCCCCCGACGUGCUGUGCAUCUGGAUCACUCAGUAAGCCUCGUCUCAGACCUCCCAGCCCGUCGUUCCCGCGGCAGAAGCUUCCGUCUCAGCAUAAAGCAGCGUCUGCACGCCGCCAAACGCCACACCCCCAACUUCGCCCAGUCCGCAGCCGCUGCCAUGGCUGCUCUCACGGGGAGUACCAAAUCUGAGGAACACGCCGCCGGCGCUCAGAGUGAUCAAAAGGAGGAAAAUGUGCCUGUGACGACGGCGGCUGAAGCGAGGAGACGCUCCAGCGUUGUGCAGGACAGACGGGACUCGGCUGGAUUGAUCGGGGCUGAUCAGCAUGCUGGGUCGCGUCGUGUGUCGCAUGGGAAGGUCGCAAAACCUGUGCCGAAUGCGUUGGGUGUUGAAAAAUUGAAGGAUUACGAUGGCCCUGCCGAGGAUGAGAUUCACAAAACGUACCACAAGCUCGACACCGAUUUCCCCAGACUUCGCACUGCUGAGGACACAGAUGAUAGCCCAAAGCCGGCUUUGAAAGCGAGCGGUGGUUGGUCAGCCCAGGACCGUCCCAUGCAAUUGUCAGUGACGCCUCAAAAUGUGGUCGACGUGACGCCGCGAACCGCAGAGCAACGCAGCCAACUGAUGCGCGAGCUGGUCGUAUGGUACUUUUACAGCCGCGCCGGGUCGCCCGUCCUGCAGAGCCAGAGCCAGGCAGGCGGGAUGGAGCGUCCCACGGCGCCCAACCACCCGACCAAAAUGUGCAUGUCAUCGGCGGGGACGGAUGUAAGCGAGAAUCUGGCCGCGAUUCCGGAAGAUAUGGAAGAGGACGGGGUGGAUGUGUUCAAAGGCAUCGGAACGAAGGGGUUCACAUUUGCGUUGAGUAAAGUCGCGCGACGAUCGUUGCACCGCGCUUCUGCCGCGCCGGGGGCAGCUGCACACCCUCCAUUGGGCUCGACGCCCUCAACGGCCGCCUUGGGAUUCCUAGCCUCGCCCGCGCCGUCCCAGGCGAGCCUCUUCGACGACAAACAGAAACGUCGCCACCGCAUGCGUCGGGUCUCACUUACCCCCGCCUUGGAGAUCGCCGAACGGGACGCCGCGUCUGUCAACGCACCCCCCUCGGCCGGCCUCUCCACCCCCUCCCCAACCUCCGCAACCAACUCCCACGUCCCCAACCCACCGUUCCUAACCAACAGCACCAAAACCUGGACCUCCUCCUCCGCCCUCGUCUUCACCCGCACCCAAUCCUAUCCCCUCCUCAAACCCCGCGACAAAGCCAAACGCAACACGGGUCCCUCCCGUCUCAGCAAAGCCUUCGGCACCUCCCUCGGGCCGUGGGUCGACCACGACCCCGACCUGUGCGAUGCGCACGACCACGCGACGUACCUCACUGACGUUGCGGGAUCGGUGUCGGCUUACAACGCUGAGCGCGCGAAGGGGUGGACGUCGCAUGCGAGUUUGGCGGAUUUGUUCGGAGUGUCGGUUUUGGCGGUGGCGGAGGGUGGGGAGGUUAUUCAGAGGGAGAGGAAGAGUAGUGGGAGGAGGGACUUCAAGGGGUUGUUUGAUCGGUUGUUGGUUGCGGAUGAGAGCGGGUUGGCGAAAGGGGGGAAGGGAGCGCCGGCGAAGAGUGCGGCGGAGGACAAGGCAUCUGAGCAGGGGUUUGCGGCGUUUUUGGACUCGCUGAUUGUUUGAUCUUCGCGAAGCCCUUCUAUCUAUGGCAUCAAGCAUGUGGACGGAGGGACAGGCGGACGGAAGGGCUUUUGGACUUCCCGCACGUUAUUUGGCAUUACAUUUGUUUUUGAUUGUUUUCUGUUUUCACUUCA